UUAAUAAGUCACAAUGAUAUUGCAUAUAUUGCUGCUAUUUAGUAUUUAUGUAGUAUUAUGCUUUGGUAGUAGCUGCAAACCAAGUGAUUGUAAUCAUGCCGGAGAAUGUAUUGGUUCGAAUCCAACUUGUAAAUGUUUUUCAAAUAAAUAUUUCAUUGGAAACAAAUGUCAGCAAAUGGUGGAUAAUUGUCAACCAAAUCCCUGUAAAGGUGGACCAUGCAAAACCCUAGUAGGCGGCUAUUCAUGCACUGCAGAUUUUAAUGUGGUUAAAGAAUGGUACAUACAUUCCAACUUAUAUGGAAAUUAUGGUGAAGAACAGAAGAUGAUACUCGCAUUUAAAGAGUUAAAUGAUUGGAAUCGUGCAAUUGAGAUAACAACUGACAAUUACUUCAUUGAUGGUUUUGAGGCAAAUCCAUCAAAUAAUGAUAAAUAUUUUAAAUAUUCAAGUGAUUUAAUGAGUAUAGCAGAGGGAUUGGGUCUACAUCAUACCGAUAAAUUUCCUUUUAAUAGUGGUUAUUAUCAUAUAACGCAAGCUAAUUUUUGGAUAAUAGGGAAACGUGAUGUUGAUAUCAUUAUAAGUGUAAAUGAUGAAGAGUAUUUUUUUUAUAGAACUUUAGAAUUUUAUGUUCUUCAGCCGGAGGAAAUCAGUUGUAUACCAGAUGUUACAUUUCCUCAUUGUAUGGAUCCAUAUGAUCCUAUAUUUCUAGAUAUUAAACGAUUUAAUAUUUUUGAACCCGAAAUACUGGAAACAUGUGGGAAGGAUGCUGCGUACACUUUUCGUUGGUGGACGUUUGAUAGUACAGAAACAAUUCUUUUACAUUUCUUUGGACGUACUAAUGAGACGAGACUUAGAGUUCCUCCUUAUCGCUUAUGGUUUGGUUCACACUUUGAAAUCACUAUGGGAUAUGUAGUACGUUUUGAGUUCCGAAGUUCUGUGGAAGAUUCUUGUGUAGCACGAGUAGCCAGAUGCUACUUUAAAGUAUAUCCAGAACCAAUCUCUGGUAAGAUUGCUGGUGGUGAGGAACGAGAAGUAGGAGUAAGUCAAACUUUUAGAUUAGAUGGAUCAAAAAGUCGUGAUUUUGCUUUAGCUCCUAAUGUUGAACAAAAAAUGAUAUUUAGAUGGGAUUGUUCAUCAGAUGAUGAUCCAACAAAUAGUUAUUGUCAAGAUAAUAUUGGCACAAGUAAUAUACUGACUGUUGAAGGUGGCUCCUUGCGAUUGGGUAUGAAUUACACAUAUGUUUUAAAUCUCAGAUCAAUUGUGAAUGAACAAAUUGUCUCUCAAGUGUCUCAGACAAUUAAAGUUGUUUCAGAAAAUCAGCACGACGUAUCCAUUGAGUGUAUAAGAAAUUGUCAGAACAAUCAAUAUGCCUCCGGAAAACCAAUUCACUUGAGAGCUAUUUGCAAUAGUUGCGAUCACGCAAGAAAUUGUGACUACGAGUGGAUGGAGGGAACUACAAAUGUUAGCAAUGCGCGUAGAGUUUUACAUAAUGCAACAGAAACAACACCUACUAGCUUAAAAGUGAAGAUUAAUUGUGAAGGACUUGUGGGUAAAGCUAGUGAAAACCUAACACUUAAUACUCCUCCAAGCGGUGGGAAUUGUAAAAUUACACCCGCCUCUGGUAUAGAACACACGACUUCCUUCGAGAUUGAGUGCAUCGAUUAUGUGGACGAACAUAUGCCUAUUUCAUAUCAAUUUAUAGCAGAUGAUUUUACAGUAGUUCGUACUUAUUUUCACACUGUGAACGUAAGUUUGCCAAAAUUGGAAAAAUUUAAGGUCGUUAUAUGUGAUUCAUUGCAAGCAUGCAUUGAUGUUGAUGUUGCUGUUACUGUAACAGAUAUGCCAGAACUUGUUGGGGUACCACCUGUAAGGGAUUUAUUUCAGGAACCUGAAAAUAACUUAACAAAUUUAUUUCGAAGUGGAUUUGUGUCAAAAGGUAUGGUAUUACUUAACGCACUAAUGAGCAAAGCCAAACCCCAUGAACAGGCCGAAUUCAUAUACCAAAGUUUCGACGAUUUUUAUUUACGUACACUUUUGGAUAUUGAACAAUUAACUACUGUAAGUAAGAAUUAUCUUUUAGGCUUAAGUCCGAUUGAAAACAAAGGCGCUUUACUUUUAUCGAAGCUUCUUCAUAAAAUAUCACAGGGCUUUGAUUUUGUUUUUGAUAGCAACGAAGUGGUAGAAUUAAUUGAUGGACCAUAUACAAUUUUAACAAAUAAUUUCGCAGAAAUGUUAUCGAAACUUUCCGAAGAAUUGGAAGAAUUUCCUCCCGUACAAACAAUACAGCCAAAUUUAAUUACAGCUAAUGAUCCAAUCGCAGAAAGCUAUGAAGACUGGGGAGAGUUGGAUGCAACUGCUUUAAUCAGAACGAAUAAUUGGCUUGAGGCAAGUCAACAGUUGCAUAUAUGUCUUCAACAACUUGGCGUAGCUUCUGCGCGUAUGCAUCAUCCCACCGAAACACCUUUAGUUAUAAAUAAGGAUGAACUUAGUGUAGCGAUAUUAAGUAUUGAGGAAAUGAACCCCCAAGAGUUAGCUUUUCUGCAAAAUGCAGACUAUGAAGUUUACUUUAGUCAGAGUUUAGUUGAGGAACUACAACAAUACUUUGAAACGGAAAAUAUAUUAUUACAAACUAUGUUUAGUAAAAGGAAUCCCUUUUGGUGGUACCCCGACGAACAUCUAUUAAGUUCGGAUGUUAUAUAUUUCAGCGCUUACAGCGCAGAUCCUAACAAGACUCAACGCAUCAACGUCACAAACCCGAUAAAUCUUGUUUUUAAAAACAUCAAACCCUACAUGGAGCAAUUAGUGCCGUUGUCUGACGUCAUUCCAAGUGAUAAGCAAAUGAUUGUGUAUAGCUUCAAAAUGCCAAUAAAUGGAUUGUUAGUUAUAAAAUUUAAAUCUAGCUCUGUUGAUUUACUCACCACAUUAGAACUUAAUAAAAUUCCAUCUAGUUAUAAACUCAGAACGAAACGACAAAUCGUGGAUAGGAAUAAAAAUGAAACUGUAUUUAUGCUAAUAAAUGACAAUGAUGAUAGCGGUACUGGAUACUUAGCUGUGCUGCCAGCUGAUUCAGUUGAUGGUUCUGUUGAGUUUGAAUUUACAUCUGAAAUGGUGGAAUGUGUAUCUUGGAGUUUUGAAGAGGCGGACCCCAUGUGGAUAACAACUGGCUGUAAACCACAAAUUACAUCAAACUUUGAAAAUGGCAUAUAUUGUAGAUGCCAACAUCUUUCCAUUUUCGGUUGUAAAAUAUAUGCCAUCAUUGCAAUGCCGUCUGUUCGAGAUCACACAGUUUUCAUCACUAUGCCCAUUAACUGGUUUAUGGUUAUACUUUUUUUACUCUUUCUUCUGCUUUUGUUUUGGUUACUUUUCUGCACGCUUUCCAGAACUCGACAAAAGAAGAGAAAUGCAGUUGUAUACUUGGAAGAAGAAGAUUUUAAUAAAAAAUUCAACAUAAUAGUUUAUAUCAGUACUGGUAGUGCUCUAAACGCCGGCACUACAGCAAAUAUAGUUUUAUCUUUUCCUAUCGGACAAUGUCAACGAGACUUUAUAAUCUAUCAAGAUCCUGAAAAUCCCUACUUUAAUCGAAGUACAACUUGGGCAGUGCAGUUACCACUCAGUGUCAGUGAAAUUAAUGAACCGAUUAAAAUUGGCUUACAACGUGAUAACAAUGGACGGUAUCCUAAUUGGUACUGCCGUUCUAUAAAAAUUAAAAACUUAGAGAAUGGGAAGACUGACAAUAUCGAAGUGCGACGGUGGAUAAAACAAAAUGAGAUGCUACACUUUUCUCCGAAUGUCACAGAGGAAGACAGCAAAAGUAAGCGUCAGACUUUUAAACAUAAUUUAGAAGGUAUUUUUAAUAAUUGGUUUCACAUGCAAUCGAUAUUGGGUCCAUGGAAGUAUGAUUCUUCAGCCGCAGAUCGCUUUGAACGUACAUGCAUUUGGAUUUGUAAAAUAUUUAUAAUGGUCUGCAUCGUAUUUGCUUACUAUGGUAAAACCACAAUUGAAAACUAUGAGGAAGAACGUGAGACAUAUCAUAUGAUAAAUAUAAGUAUAUGGACUAUUCUUCUACUUAUUAUUUUUUGUUAUAUAGCUGACAUAUUGAUACAUCUAUGCUUUGAAUAUUUUUUACAUAAAUAUGGUAAUAAGCAAAACGAAAAGAGUUAAGAUAAUAAAAAA